CUCUCUCCCUCCGGGCGAACCCCCGCUACCGAUCCGUCACAUCAACAGUUGAUUGAUAGCUAACACUGGACCCCCGAACGAACGCUCGCCCCCUUCUUCCGCUCGUCCAUCGGCCGGAGCAGGAAGCCCCUCCGCUCCCUCGCGCACAGUUCGCAUUCGGGGCCCGUGCGGAGGAGCUCCGGACUUUUAACCCGUGCUAUUUCAAUCAGCCCCUUUUUCCUCCUUCUCUGUGGCCUUGUUGUGGGGUCCGUAUCUAGUCUACCUCAGCCCCCCAGUACCUCCCCCGUCCCCCCGGUGUCUACAAUCCACCCCGUCGCUGGAGCCCGGCGCCGGCUCUGCUGCUACUGACAAUCCGACCAGAGGCGCUGCUCGGCGGACACCUCCUGCGGCCGAACCCGGCUGGAUCUCUGGUUCUCUUCUUUUCUGCAGAGGGAGGGGGGCAGCUGUCUUGGUUCGUCCCACCUCACACCCACUUAAAUAGCACACAGCACAAAUCCCGUAGCCGCCCUUCACCUCCACCACCACCCCUUCCAGGUGUGCCCGUCCUCCCCGGCACUCACAGCCCCCUGCCCGCCCCGCUGCUGCCGAGGCUCGGGUCUCGCCAUGCCGGGUCCGGUGGCCGGUAGCAAGUCCCGUGUGUACGCAGAUGUCAACACGCUGAAGAGCCGGGAGUACUGGGACUACGAGGCCCACGUCCCCAACUGGAACAACCAAGAGGAUUAUCAGCUGGUUCGGAAGCUGGGCAGAGGGAAGUACAGCGAAGUGUUCGAGGCCAUAAACAUCACCAACAAUGAGAAGGUGGUGGUCAAGAUCCUGAAGCCGGUCAAGAAGAAGAAGAUCAAACGAGAGAUCAAGAUCCUAGAGAACCUGCGAGGAGGGACCAACAUCAUCCGCCUGGUGGACACCGUCAAAGACCCAGUGUCCAGAACUCCAGCGCUCGUCUUUGAUGCAUCAAACACAGACUUUAAGGAGCUGUACCAGAAGUUGACAGAUUAUGAUAUCCGUUUCUUGUAUGAACUACUGAAGGCUCUGGACUACUGUCACAGCAUGGGAAUCAUGCACCGUGACGUCAAACCCCACAAUGUGAUGAUCGACCACCAGUUGAGAAAGCUACGCCUUAUAGACUGGGGUUUGGCGGAGUUCUAUCACCCAUCCCAAGAAUAUAACGUCAGGGUGGCCUCCAGAUAUUUCAAAGGCCCUGAACUGUUGGUGGACUACCAGAUGUAUGACUACAGUCUAGACAUGUGGAGCCUGGGCUGUAUGUUGGCCAGUAUGAUCUUUCAGAAAGAGCCCUUUCACGGACAAGACAACUAUGACCAGCUGGUGCGAAUCGCCAAGGUCCUGGGGACAGACGAGCUGUUCGGCUACCUGCGGAAAUACCACAUCGAACUGGACCCGCGCUUCAAAGACCUCCUGGGACAACAGAGCAGGAAGCGCUGGGAACAGUUUGUGCAGACGGAGAACCAGCACUUGGUAAGUCCUGAAGCCUUGGACCUGCUGGACAAGCUGCUACGUUACGACCACCAACAGAGACUGACGGCCACGGAGGCCAUGGAGCACCCCUACUUCUACCCAGUAGUAAGGAGCAGUCUCUGUCCAACUCUGACAACAACAUGGUUUCCAGUGGCAACACUACAGCACGAUGAAACACAGGUAAGACACUGACGACGCCUGAGAGAAAACAGAAAUGGAACUGCAGAAAAACUUCCUGACAUGUUUGGACUAAUACAGAACAAAUUUAUUCCACCACCUCCCCCUGUUUGUGUCUGAGACCGUCCAACAUCAUGAAGUGCUUUAUUUGAACACUUUCAUUUACAGUGAACGUUAGAGGUUUUGCCAUUUUCAACAGGAACGAGGAAUCUCUGACUGAAUUCACCUUUUUAUUUCAUAAGUUGAGCUGCUCACUGAGUUUUCUGAU